AUGGCGUCUUCCUCCUUUUCUCACAAGCGUUCUUUCAGUGAUUUUCAAAGGGAAACGCCUGCUGUAUCUAAAAAAGUAUACGAUGCAUUUAUCAAUCACCGAGGCCCUGAUGUGAAAGAAACUCUAGCUUUUGCCCUUUACGAUUCACUGGAGGAAAAGGAAUGUCGGACAUUUCUUGAUGAUAUGGAAUUAGAAUUGGGAGAUUCGAUUCCCUCUGCCAUACAAAAUGCGAUAUACUCUUCUGCAGUGCAGAUCGCCAUCUUUUCACCACGAUAUGCGGAGUCCUCAUGGUGUCUAGAUGAGCUGGUUCUCAUGUUGGAAACCAAGGCUCGCUUUAUUCCCAUAUUCUGUGAUGUGAAGCCUUUUGAACUUCGCUACCUGGACAAGGGAGUUUAUGCAGCUGCAUUCGCCAAACAUGAAGAAAAGGGGAGAUUCGGCGACGACAUGAUUGGUCAGUGGAAAACAGCCCUCCACUCUUCUUCACUCAUCUCUGGCUACGAAUUCAACACAUCUAAUGAGUAA